AUGCUCUCCGCCCCUCUUUCCCUUCUAAACAUAUCCUGCCCCUGCACAGAGUGCACCACCUUCCUGCGCCCCUACCCCACACAACCACCACCACCACCACAUUCCCACCACCUCCCGGACCUCUUCCUCCCCGACCUCUUUCUCCCCGACCUCUUCAUUUCGCUCCCGCCCACCCCGGCCCUAACCCCCUUCCGCACGCCGAAAACCACACCCCUCACCACCCCCCGCCUGCGCCCCACAACGCCCUCGCUCGCGCCCUCCCCAACCUUCCUGCCGCACAGCCCCGCCCUGCGUCCGCUCCAAACCCAGCUCCCGCUCCCCGCUACACACACGGCGCCCGCCCGCGCGUCCCGCAGCUUGUGGGCCGCGCUCAGCAGCCCGCUGGACAACACCUCGCUGCUGAGCGCCAAGACACCGGGGCUGGCGGCGUGCAGCAGCGCGGGGUGCGCGGCGCGGGUGGUGCCUGGGUUUGGGCGGGCGGUGUGCGGGGCGUGCGAGGCGCGGCUGCGGGGCGCGGUGGAGGAGUUGGCGGGGGCGAUGGGGGCGGCGCCUUUGGGUUUGGACGCGGGGCGGGACGACGCAGAGGGGGAGGAGGAGGUGCGGCUUUUUGCGCUGCCGUCGGUGGUGGGGGCGACUUCGUUGCUGGAGACGCGGGAAGAGAUGCCGCUGCCGGAGAGAGCGAGAGAGGGUGCGGGACCGGUGCUGUUCGCGCUGCCGGAUGUGGAGCUUGAUGUUGAGCCGUACGAGGAGAUUACGCCAGUUGCGAAGUACGUUAUGAAGUUUCCUGCGCUGCCGAUACGUGGGAGUGCUUUCAAGAAGUUCAGCAAGGAGAUCUCGAAGCCUGGGGCUGCCUCGCAGUCUGGAAGCACGGCUCAGAGCAGUGCAGACCUGAAGCGCAACAGCAGAAAGUUCCUAACGGCAACCGAGUCGAUGACCUCCAGUCAGCAUGCCUCUACCUCUUCGAUGAAGCUGAGGUUGCAUGAGACAUAA